CUGGCGCUGAUCCAGGACGAAGAGGCCAUCGCCCAGCUCAAGACGCACCACCCCGGGCUCGAGUUCGAGGUUGUCGUCGUCCGCACCAGCGGCGACGCCAACCAGACCUCUCCGCUGGCAGGCAUGGGACUGGGCGUGUUUGUCAGCGAGUUGGAGGAGCGCCUGCUGUCCGGCGAUCUGGACAUGGCCGUCCACAGCCUGAAGGAUAUGCCGACCAAGCUGCCCGCAGGACUCACACUGGGCGCGAUCCCGGAGCGCCGCGACCCGCGCGACGUCCUCGUCAACCGCUGGAAUUGCCCACUGGACCAACUUCCGGAAGGGGCGCGAAUCGGCACGAGCAGUCCACGCCGGGCCGCCCAGCUGCGCCGCUACGCUCCCAACGUGGAGGUCGUGCCCAUUCGCGGCAACGUCGAGACUCGCCUGCGCAAAGCCGAGGGAGACGAGGCCGACGGCGCUGUACUGGCCGCCGCCGGGCUGGCCCGCCUGGGCAUGGAGGACCGCGUUGCCGACUACCUUUCUCCCCAGCGCUUCGUCCCACCCCCCGGUCAGGGGGCGCUGGCCGUGGAGGUCCGUGAGGACGACCGGAGGAUGCUGGAUAUUCUGAAGUCCAUCGAGCAUCCCGCCACCCGCUACGAGGUGACGGCCGAGCGGGCCUUUCUCGAGACUCUGGGCGGGGGCUGCUCCAUCCCCGUAGGCGCCUACGCCCGCUGCAUGGGCCACGAGCUUCUGAUGACUAUCUUCCUCAGCAACCCCGAGGGCUCCCGUGUCUUCACUGCCAAGGUUGAUGGCCUGAAGCACGACCCGAAACAGCUCGCCGGAGACGCCUACCUCGCCGUGGCCGAGCGCGGCGGCGCCGACCUGCUCCAGGACACCCGCCAACCGCAGGGGCCACCGGCUACGGAGAAUCUUUAG